ACCUGUACAAGGAGGCCAUGAUGGAGGAGCACCAGCCUCUUAUAUCACAAGAUGGAUCCAGUAGGAGAAAUCCACCUGAGAGAUGUCCUCGUCCUCUGUAUUCCCAGGACUGUCCAGAGGAGAAGGUCCCAGAGAAUCCUCAGAUGACAAAUCAGGGGGAAGAUCUGACUGAUAUUAAAGUGGAGGAUGAAGAAGAGAGGAUGAUGGGCGAUCCCCCGUGUAAGAGUGAGGUGGAGGAGGACAUUCCUGGAGAUGUCACUACAGGAAAUCCCAGUAGGAAUUCUGAAGGAAACUUCAUGUUAUCACUAAAUUAUAAUGAAGAUAUCAUGCAGCGCUCUUCAGGAGAAAACCUUAAUGUACAUCCAGGACUUCACAGUACAGAUCUAUUAUAUAAUCCCCUUAAUGAUCAAGAACCUUUUCCUGACCAAUCACAAAUUGUGACCACAACUAAAGGUCAGAAAGGGGAUAAAAGGUUUCACUGUGUUAAAGAGUUCACAAAAAUCUCAGGUCAUUCUACAGACAGAGGAUUUCACACAAGGGAAAAGCCAUACUCCUGUUCAGAAUGUGGGAAAUGUUUUACAGAUAAAUCAAAUCUUGUUAUACAUGAAAGAAGUCACACAGGAGAGAAGCCAUAUUCAUGUUCACUUUGUGGGAAAUGUUUCACACAGAAAUCAGAUCUUGUUACACAUGAGAAAAUUCAUACAGGAGAGAAACCAUAUUCAUGUCCUGAAUGUGGGAAAUGUUUUACAGAAAAAUCUAAUCUUGUUAGACAUGAGAGAAUUCACAGAGGAGAAAAGCCAUAUUCAUGUUCAGAAUGUGGGAAAUGUUUUACAAAUAAAUCAUGUCUUGUUACACAUAAGAGAAGUCACACUGGAGAGAAGCCAUAUUCAUGUUCAGAAUGUGGGAAAUGUUUUACCGAUAAAUCUAAUUUUGUUAGACAUAAAAGAAAUCACACAGGAGAGAAGCCAUAUUCAUGUUCAGAAUGUGGAAAAUGUUUUACAGAUAAAACAGAUCUUGCUAGACAUGAGAGAAUUCACACAGGAGAGAAACCAUAUUCAUGUUCAGAAUGUGGAAAAUGUUUUACAUAUAAAUCAGUUCUUGUUGGACAUAAGAGAACUCACACAGGAGAGAAACCAUAUUCGUGCUCAGAAUGUGGCAAACAAUUUACACAGAAAUCAGAUCUUGUUACACAUGAGAGAAUUCACACAGGAGAGAAACCAUAUUCAUGUCCAGAAUGUGGGAAAUGUUUUAUAGAUAAAUCAUGUCUUGUUGCACAUAAGAGAAGUCACACAGGAGAAAAGCCGUAUUCAUGUUCAGAAUGUGGGAAAUGUUUUACAGAAAAAUCAAAUCUUGUUAGACAUGAGAGAAUACACACAGGAGAGAAACCGUAUUCAUGUCCAGAAUGUGGUAAAUGUUUUACAGAUAAAUCAUGUCUUGUUGCACAUAAGAGAAGUCACACAGGAGAAAAGCCGUAUUCAUGUUCAGAAUGUGGGAAAUGUUUUACAGAUAAAUCAUGUCUUGUUAAACAUGCGAUACGUCACACUGGAGAGAAGCCAUAUUCAUGUUCAGAAUGUGGGAAAUGUUUUACCGAUAAAUCAAAUCUUGUUAGACAUGAGAGAAAUCACACAGGAGAUAAACCGUAUUCAUGUUCACUUUGUGGGAAAUGUUUUACAGAUAAAUCAGAUCUUUCUAGACAUGAGAGAUAUCACACAGGGGAGAAACCAUAUUCAUGUUCAGAAUGUGGGAAAUGUUUUACACGGAAUUCACAUCUUAAAAAACAUGAGAGAAUUCACACAGGAGAAAAGCCAUAUUCAUGUUCAGAAUGUGGGAAAUGUUUUACAAAUAAAUCUCAUCUUGUUGCACAUAAGAGAAGUCACACUGGAGAGAAACCAUAUUCGUGUUCAGAAUGUGGGAAAUAUUUUACUGAUAAAUCAAAUUUAGUUAGACAUAAAAGAAAUCACACAGGAGAGAAGCCAUAUUCAUGUUCAGAAUGUGGAAAAUGUUUUACAGAUAAAUCAGAUGUUUCUAGACAUGAGAGAAUUCACACAGGAGAGAAACCAUAUUCAUGUUCAGAAUGUGGCAAACAAUUUACACAGAAAUCAGAGCUUGUUAAACAUGAGAGAAUUCACACAGGAGAGAAACCAUAUUCGUGCUCAGAAUGUGGCAAACAAUUUACACAGAAAUCAGAUCUUGUUAAACAUGAGAGAAUUCACACAGGAGAGAAACCAUAUUCAUGUCCAGAAUGUGGGAAAUGUUUUAUAAAUAUAUCAAGUCUUGUUGCACAUAAGAGAAGGCACACAGGAGAAAAGCCGUAUUCAUGUUCAGAAUGUGGAAAAUGUUUUUUAGAAAAAGCAAAUCUUGCUAGACAUCAGAGAAUUCACACAGGAGAAAAACCGUAUUCAUGUCCAGAAUGUGGAAAAUGUUUUUCAGAUAAAUCAUGUCUUGUUGCACAUAAGAGAAGUCACACAGGAGAAAAGCCGUAUUCAUGUUCAGAAUGUGGGAAAUUUUUUAGAGAUAAAUCAUGUUUUGUUAGACAUGAGAGAAGUCACACAGGAGAGAAACCAUAUUCAUGUUCAGAAUGUGGGAAAUGUUUUACAAGGAAUUUAAAUCUUGUUAAACAUGAGAGAAUUCAUAGAGGAGUGAGCCCAUAUUCAUGUUUAAAAACUGGGAAAUGUUUUACAGAAAAGUCACAUCUUGUUACACAUGCGAUAAGUCACACAGGACAGAAGCUGUAUUAAUGUUUAGAAUGUGGGGAAUGUUUUACAGAUAGAUCUUGUUAGAUAUGCGACAAAUCACAUAGGAAUGAAAACAAAUUCAUGUUUAGAAUGAGGGAAAUGUACAGAUAAAUGUACAGAUAUUUUUAGACAUGACAAGACAUGACCUGCAACCAAAAAUCCAAGUGUUGUUUUUUU